AUGUCGGCGUUGACUCCCCUUUACGCAGUCGAUGCAUUUGGCGAGGAGAAUGAGGCAUUCGAGCAAGAAGUGAUCAAGGCCAUUAAGACGCACCCCUAUGGUAAGUACUUAGCACGGCGUAAACGCUUCAUUUACUUCACCAAGCAAGUGAUGCUAUCAGCUACCUUCCUUGAGUUCGACUGCAAUUGUGAGGCCUCGAAUUUGCGGAGCAUCGGCUGUCGUGGAAGGAUCACACGGCACUCAAUGCAGAUUGACUGGACUCACUUCUACCCACGUGGCAGAUCGCCAUUGGAUGAGGGUGUCGCAUGUAGUCCUGCUUUUAUGCCACACCAAUUUCCGUCUCCUGUGGGUCACAUUGAAAAUAAGAUUGAUGAGGUGGUGGUGGUGAGUGUAGUCAAGCGAGCAGUGCAUUUCGAGCCAAAGAGCCUUCUUCGAAAUCAAGCCUCGUUGUUGGACGUUGCAGAGGUUGAACGGGAUUUCGACCCCACUUGA